AUGGACAUAUGGUUCCUGUGUCCAAGCACAAACGAAGAAUGGGAGAGUGUUAUGAGAGGACUGGAAAAAUCUCAAAUAAAAUAUGUCAUCGCAUCAGCCAUACUUGUAUCUCCUGAACCAUCUUCUCGAGUCCUCAAUUUUAUUUUCCUCUCAAUCGCCUUUUCAUGUUUGACAUUUUUCCUGUUCAUCGGUUUCAAAAGCAUGUGCUACGCAUGGAACGAUCUACUAACCCUAGUUGAACUGUUACAUGCAUACACUUUUGCCUAUGCAGUUUGGUUUUUACUUUUGGUACAUUACUCAAUGAAAAUGCCAAUCCUACAUGAAAUGUUUCGCAUGAUAGAUGCGGGUAUAUUUGAGUAUAAAACCGAUAUUGAUGAAGAUAAGAACAAUGAACUGAGGGAUACUGCGAAAUUUCAUUCAAACAUGUUCCAAAAGGUUUUCCAUUUGAUGUGUGCGGGAGUCUUUGUGAUAAUCUGUGUUAUACCUCCAGUUAUUUUGAAACUCUUCGGUGUGGAUGGUCGGGGUAGAGUUGAAGAAAUAGACUACAUAUUCGCGGUACCAACUUGGUUUCCGUUCAACUCAAAAACAUUUUUAGGCUUCUGUGCAGCUUAUUUAUUAUUAUUCAUACAAGUUGGUUUGAUUUUUAUGUAUAUUGCAAUAUUAGUUCCAUUUAUUGUUUUCGGAUUACUGGAAAUCAGUACUGAGUACAACAUUUUGAAACGGUCCAUUUUGAGUUUGGAGCCUAGAGCAUUGGAAAAAUACAAUUCUGGUAGCGGGUUGAGGGAGAAGGAUGUUCAACUGUUGAGAGAUGAUGCGUUCUAUGAACAGUGUGUCCAAGAGUGUCUUAAGGAAAACAUUCUGCAUCACAUUGAGAUUUUAAGAUUUUUUAAUCUUUACCAAGAUUUGACAUCAACAAUCUAUGGUGUGGUUAUAGGAUUGAGUAUGGCAAUUCUUGCAUGCUUGUCUCUAGUAUUAACUAAGAUGGACCUGUUUUCAUUUGCGGCAGUAAAAUUUGGAGUGUUUUUCAUUAUAGAACUGAUAGCAGUGUUUGGCUAUUGUGUGAUGGGAACCGUUCUUACAGAAGUUAGUAAAGAAAUUCCAAAAGCAUUGUAUAAUUGUCCUUGGUACAAUGUGAGUGAAAAUAAUAGGAGAACGCUAAAAAUAUUCCAAUUGAAUUCCGAAAUAAGCAUUGAAAUAAAGGGAAAUGGACUUUUUGUUAUUGAUCUCAACUUAUUUGUUCAGAUAGUUCAAACAACGUAUUCGAUCUUCAAUAUUUUCGCAUCCUUUGAAAAGUGAACAAUUUGAAAAAAUAGAGCAUUUGUUUUCAAAAUGAUAGGGAGUUGAUUAAUUAAUGUGAGUGUCAACACCUAUUGAUUGGAAGAAAGCAUGAAUAAAAUACAUGUAUUUAUAAUAUAUUAUAUAAAAAACUGGAAAAUAUUUCCACAAACAACGGAGAAGUUUUAAUUUGAUAAAUGAUCAAUUUUGCCAUCAAGUUUGAUUCUAUCAUAUAGGAGAGAUAGCAAAAGAUUAUGAUAGAUAGCUUAUGCUAC